UUUAUUGUGGCUAGCUUGAUUCCGCUAACUGCCGUACUAGCUAUUUGUAACGGCAAAGCCUCCGAACUGUCAAAAGCGUCGGUUGCUGUUUUGGGACUUUCUCCGAGUUGAACAGAGUGAUGUUUCUUUAAGCGGAGCUUGGUGGUCGCGAGGAUUAUCAUUUCCUGACAGAGAAUUUGACAGUCACCCGCCUGACUGUUGUUGGUUCGGCGUGGACGCGUGGUGUUGUUGUUUCACCGUGACAGACCUAGCUACAUAGUGAGUGAGUAAUGUCCCGUAGGAGUUCUCGCCUGGUGUCCGGUGGCUACUAUAAUUCAGACGAAGAAUCGGAUUCGAGUAGCGUGACGAACAUAUCUUACCGCGAAAACCCUGUCAAGGUUUUCAAGAAGAAGGCGGGGACCCGCAAGGCCGGCUCCCGUACCCCCAGUAGAGCCAAUAGCAAUGCUAGUUCUGCCAGCCCUGAGCCGCCCAUCACUGCAGGCCAGUAUGAUGGCCCAAGUCUUUCUUCCUUGAGCAGCCAGACGCAGCCGAUCAUGAGGGCGGUGCCCAACAUCUCCACCACACCUACCCCUCGGCCACCCCUGACCCCAUCAUCAACCCGCAGUCAGACGCCCCCAUGCUGCCCCUCAGUACCUCCAGAGAAGAGCCCCUACGCUGGGCUCUGCAGCUCCAGCAGGCCGGGGUUACACCUCCGACCCAACCACAAGGAGCUAGGUCAGAGCGCUGUGGACAGCUCAGGGUACUCAUCCUCCGAGGGCCCUCACAGGAAGCCCACAGCCAGCAGCAGUACCAGUAGAAUCAGCAGUAAUAGUGGGGCUCCCAGUAUUGGAUACAUGAGCAGAGUCAGCAGUGCCUUCUUUGGUCUAAUGGACUCAGUCUCAUUGAUGGCCGCUGCAUUACAGUCAAAAAUAAUGCAUCUGACAACUUUGGCUAAUACUUCAGUCAGCAGUCGCAUGAAGAAGGCUUGUGGUCUUUUUCUCCUCCUCCUCCUCAUCGUACUUUUAUGUAUUUGGUUCCUCCUUCCUCUGUUGACCUCGCUCAUCUCUCGCAUGGCUGUCACAAAGACCCUGUCACAAACUAAAGCCAAGAGUCAACCUGUUUCCCCUGCCACUCCUCCUCCUCAAUCCAACAUCAUACAUUCUACACCCGUGGUGGAUCCAGCCGUUGUGUCUGCUGCUGUAGAGGCGAGGAUACAACAAUUCUUGGAUUCAGCCGUUGUGUCUGCUGCUGUAGAAGCAAAGAUGCAACGUCUUUUGGAGGAGCAGCAGCUGAAGCAGCAACACAUUCUCUCUCAGAUGAAGGAGAGACUACAUCUGGACAUGCAGGAUGUGAAAGCCAAGCUUGAGGUUGUGGACUCGGAGAGUCGGCUGCGUCUGGAGCAGGAGGUUUCUGGGUUGGGCAGGCAAAUGGUGGAUUACCAGACAGACAGCCACUCGGCCGCUGCCAGCCUCAGACUCAGGAUCCAAGCUUUAGAGUCCCAGAAUGCAAAGUUGUCCCAGGAGUGGUCGUCCAUCCAGCUGAUGCCUCCUCCUGCCCCCUGUCCUGAGACCAGCGCCACCCCCGUCCAAAACCAUCUCACCCCAGAUCUCCAACAGGCCAUGGAGGAGUGGCUCACUGAGCGCAUCAAGGAGCAGGAUGCUAUCAGGCUUGGUGACAAAGGAGCUUCCUCCGACUGUGGACGUCCCAUGGCUGACAAAAUGGCCGACUUUGCAUUGGAGACGCAAGGUGCCAGUGUGAUCAGUACCAGGUGUUCAGAGACCUAUCGUAUUCGUUCAGCAUGUGUGACCCUGUUUGGAUUCCCUCUGUGGUACCCGUCUGAAAGCCCACGCACUGUUAUUCAGGGCUACCCGGUGCUGCUCCCAGGGAAAUGUUGGGCCUUCCACGGUGUCGAGGGGACUCUUGUCAUCUCUCUGUCUCACCCCAUCACUAUAACUCAUGUGACGCUGGACCAUCUACCGCGCUACAACUCCCCCACCGGCCGCAUCGACUCCUCCCCCAAAGACUUUGAAGUCUAUGGAAUGAGAAAUGACACAGAAGAAGGAACACUGCUGGGGACAUUCACUUACGAUGUAAAUGGAGAGCCUACGCAAACAUUCAAGCUGCCUAAGCCCAGUGACGUGGUGUAUCGAGUUGUGGAGCUGCGUGUCCUCAGUAACUGGGGACAUGUUGAAUACACGUGCCUCUAUCGCUUCCGUGUGCACGGACAGAUCGCCUCCACAUUAUAAUUCAUUAUAUAUAUCAAUUUUCUUCAGGUUACAAAAUUGUUUUUCAGAAGAAAAAACAACAUAAACAACAAUACAACGACCAUAGAAUAAAAUACAAGCAACAGAGUGAUCCUAAAAACACAGAAGGAUAGAAUAAAGGUAAAAAAUAUUUAAAAUUGGAGGGAUGGAGGGAUGAUAAAACCCAGCCCAGGCAUAUAGGGGGUCAAUAAAUCCUUGAUAUAAUUUGGAGCAAGGCUCCACUUCUUUAAAAGUGAUCAGUAAAAUUCGAAAAAAUCAAUAUGCUACAUAACAGGCAGCCCAGUGUAAGUUGGCUAGAAUGAAAGUAAUGUGUUCAUUUCUCUUAGUGCCUGUUCAAAUUGAUGCAGCAGUGUUCUGCACCAGGCAGAGUCGGCGAAGGGACGCCUUAUUUACUGACCGGGCCGCGGCGGCUCAUUCCAACAUAUCAGAAAGUACAUUUGCAAUGUACUCUAUUUAAGUUGAAUUCAGUGUUGUGGUCUGAGGUGCGUUCAGGACCAAAUGCUACUGAAAAGAUGUUUAGCGUUGAGUAAUGUCAUUCCUGUGUGUCGUGUUUUGGAUUGCUUAAUGUUAAAGUGACAGAAAUCAUAGGAGGUUUUUUUUUGUGCACACUUGGCUUUGAAUACAUGUAAAAUGGGUUUCUAAAAACCAAAAAGUACCUAGUAAAACCAUUUGGGAGCAUAAUAGUUUUGGAAACUUUAUGCUUUCAGUUAUGUGAGAGUGCCACGGAAUAAUUUUGUACCUUUUGUUAGUAUUAAUUAUUACUAUUUAUCAGGUUUUUUUCUGCUUCGCAUUAGUGCAGCGCACAAACCUAACCAGGAGCUCCUUACUGAAGUUACAUUACUUUAUACCAGUUGAGUGUAAGCUCCUUUCUUCAUGGUACUCUGACAAAUGAAUAGGAAAGACAGUAUUUUUAAAUGAACUUCACUGACCCUGGUUGCAAGCUUGCACCUCAAAGCUUCACCACAUUUGAUAAAGUGACAUUAAUUAGGUUGGGUUUUUUUUUGUUGUUUUUUUAAAAAAAAAAACAUGUUUCAAUGAUAUGUCAAUUUUUUUGGCCACAUAAUUAAUUGCAAUAUUUAAUAUCUUUACAAGAUAUAGAUCUAGUUUGUGAAUGAUUGAUGAUUGAAACAGCUGUUAGGCCAUUUUUAAUGCAUUUGUUUGUUGCUGAUGUCGUGACUGAUGGGAUGUACCAUCCUUUGAACAGUUGGUAGAAACUGUACAGAGGGCAGCAGUGAAUGUUAUUUUAAAUCUGUGUUUGAUUUGAUACUCCAGCGAAAGAUCAAAUAUGCAGCUUUGUAACGUUUCUUUUGUUUUCUCUUUUUAGCAAGUUCUAACUCCUCAGUUUUGAUUUUAUUACUGGUACUUGAAUACUUGAAGACCUCUUUUUCUAACCUCUUUGAAAAGACGUCAUGUUGACUUCAUGACAUUCUACUUCCUUGUACAUAACACUUAGAUUUUUUAUGAGAAAGAAUGGUUUUUUUUUUUUUUUUUCAUUUGUAGAAUGGGAAUAUUCUGGGUUAUGAAUUAAUAACAACAUAUUUGAUAAAUGAGUAGCUGCUUGGAUUCCAAACAACGGACAAACUGUGUACGUCUGUGUCAUUCAGUCAUUUCUCAUGUAUUCUUUGUGCGUUUGUUGAGAUGGUGGAGAGAAUAUUAUAAUUAUUAUUAUCUAAUUAUGAAGUGCACUAGAGGAGAAUCCAGGUCAAAUCCGUCAUUUAAAUAUGUACUAGUCUUAAAGGACAUGUAGGAAAAGAGAGACAGAGAAGGCUUUCUGUGUUUUCAGACAAUUGUGAUUUGGAUCCUAACAAAUUCGGUAUCACAAAUUAUUUAUUAUAUAUAUUUCUAUAUUUUGAUAUAAUGUUUUGCAGGCUACAUAAUUCUCUAAGUGCACAUUGCAUUGUGUAUUUAAACUGGUGAUUGUAGUUAAUACAAGAACUGAUGUAGUUCUAAUGCUUGAUUAUGUGUUACCAUAAAUUAUGAGCGCCUACGAAUCUUUAGAACCUCCUCUUGGUGAAAGCGCUUUUAUGUAAAACAGUGGUUCUCAAAUUGGGGUCCGGGGACCCCCAGGGGUCCUUGAAGGGGUUCCCCAACAAAAUUGCAAAUAAUCUAUUUUCACUAUCAUUUCAUCCAUAAGUAACACAAUGACAGAUUGUAUGACUAUUUUGCUCAUGGGUUUCAUUCACUUUCUGUAAUAAAAAGCAAAAAGGUAGGGGACCCUGGAACAAAGUCUUAUCAGAUCGGGGUCUGUGGUCUAAUUUGUGUCAGUUUAGGGGUCCUUGAUGUGUAAAAGUUUGAGAACCACAUUGAAUUCAAACUUGUUUGGCUUUUGAGAUGCAGAUUAGGGUCAAAUAUGUGUUACUGGACACAGUACAAUGUAUAAUGUAUCAUAGAUUUGGAGAAAAAAAAAAAACACUUCAAUUUCUUUCACUUUCAUUACCUAAAAGAGGCGACACAUUUAAUUUGAUAUUUGAAAUAUGAUGAACAGCCUGUACAGUUUCGAAGCUGUAUCUUUGUGUAUACAUGCUCUUUCUGGAACACCCAAUACAGGCAGUUUAAUCCUCUCAGAUUCUUGUUAGUGUGAAGAUUUACAAGCAACACUGACGACAAUGGUUAAAUGCAUCACAGUUAAUCAGGUUCAACUUCUCCAUACACAUCUGAUAAUGUAUUUACUCUAACUUAAACAAUACAUUCAGACAUGACCGUUGUUGCCAAUUGUUUUCUCUUUUAAUUAAACUGAUUGAUGUGUCAGAAUCUGCCUGAGGUGUUCUCCAGAGUAUUUGACUACCAAUUGCCUAUUUGUAAGCCCAACUGAAUGUUUGAUUUAUUAAAUAAAAUAUUGUAAU